CUUUCACUCUGAGUAAUCUGAAGUACUGUCCCAAAAUGAUGCCGAUGGGCCUCAAACGUAUCGUUGCCCCUCGAAGCAUCCGGCAACUUUAAACCUUCAAACUUUCAGCUAAUCAUUUGUAAUGAAAACAUGUCUACGACAUUUUCAAAAAGUCAGUCGUAUUUUAAGACACCCACGAUCUGUCGGAGAAAUUUAAAAUUCAUAGUCUGAUAAUAUCCCAAUUCUAGAGUAUAAAGUUGUUCAAAAAAUCGGUGAAGGGUCAUUCUCGGAGGUUCUGAAGUGCCAGGAUAAAGUCACUGGAAUAUUUUACGCUGGCAAGAGAUUAAAGAGGAUUUAUCAGUCCCUCAACGAGAUCGUGGACAGCCCUGAGGUGAUUGCCAUGAGGAAGAUCAGUCGGCAUCCCAAUAUACUUUACAUGAUUGAAUCGCACUAGUAAGACGAUCCAUUGCCCGGAAAAGCCACUCUGAUCUUUGAGCUCAUGGACAUGAGUCUAUACGACCUGAUAAAGUCUCGAAAAGGGCGAGUCAUGAUGGAGUUGAAAGUUAAAUCGUAUGUUUAUCAGCUGUUGAAGGGCUUAGAUCACCUGCACAAGUACGGCAUCUUCCACAGGGACAUCAAACCUGAAAAUAUUCUCGUCAAGGGAGAAGUAGUGAAACUCGCGGAUUUAGGUUCAGUUCGUGGAAUCUACAGUAGACCUCCCUACACCGAGUACAUAUCCACCAGGUGGUACAGGUCUCCAGAAUGUCUACUGACCACUGGCUUUUACGGCCCUAAAAUGGAUGUCUGGGCUCUAGGAUGCGUGUACUACGAGCUUUUGACAUUGAAACCCCUGUUCCCAGGUUCUAACGAGAUCGAUCAGAUUGCGAAGAUCCACGGGGUCUUAGGCACACCGCAUGCACGAAUAGUGGCGAAAUUUCGUCGGCAUAAAUCAAAAAAUUGCGAGUAUUUCUUCCCCACCAAAGCUGGGACUGGUUUCUCGGCUCUCAUUCCUCACGUCACUGACUCUGGAAGAGAACUCAUGAAGAUGAUGUUGAUCUACGAUCCCGAGAACAGGAGCAAUGUCAAAAGAUUGCUGGAGAAUCGUUACUUCAAUGAUUUGAGAGAAUACGAUUCCCCAAAGCAAGCAGUCUCUUUCCCAUCCUCAUCUACCUCCCCAGAAGGCACUCAGUGGAGGAAUCCAAUGCUUUUGAGCUACAUUACAUCUGAGAAACAUCGCAAAUGCAAACCCGUGAAUGCCCGGGGACAAAAAUUUCUUGAGGAAGUCUCGAGUAAUUCCAAAGUCCCCAGGAUAGUGGCCUCCAGUCCAAACGCUAGGCCGAAUGUCUCUGGUAAAUCAAAUACCUCGAAAAUAGCAAUCUCUGAAAGAGGCGACAGCACGGCCUCCAUCGCUGGGACCAGACAGAGACAUAAUCUGUGGAGGAGGAACGUCUACUCCACUAGGACAGAGAGGACCAGUGCCUCUCCGAGAUCGACCUUGAGCACGAGAUUACCAAUUAUCAAAUACAACAGUACGAGGAGGGUAGAGGGGACUGGGGAUUCAGUCAGGAUGUUUGCUCCGAGAAGUAACCAAUCACUUGUGUCUCAUUAUCACCUAAGGGGAAAUAUCGUCAGUACAAAUGUCGAACAGAAGCCUUCGAAGGAGAUCACCAGGUUCCCCGAAAUUGUACGGAAGCCAGAGAUUAAGCGCAGGCUCUCAAAUUCCUCGGUUGCAUCAACGCAUGAGAUUAAAAGUGGAGGAGGAAAGAGGAGUACUCGUUUAACGACAAUAACAGAAGCUAACCGGCCGCUCGUUCAUAUUAGAUCCCCAAAUAUCAAGAGCCCGGCCAAGAAAAUACCCAAGCACGAGUCUCCAGUUGGGAGAAUAGAGGGAAAAAAUAAAAUAACUGGAGACAAACGUGGGAGGGCUAAAUGAUCGUGUCUGUAGAGUGAAUUUUUUUUUACAUUAAUUCUAUAUUUUUGGAACUGAAAAAUUCAUAAAGGAAAAACGAACACAAUAUGCUUUCAAUUUCUUCUUGCGAUUUUUAGUAAUAUGGCACAGAACAUGGACUGUGGCUUUUGGAAAAUUUUCAGGUUCAGGUUGACUUAACAAAUAAUCACUUCCUAUGGUGUAAUUAACAAAAAUAAAAUAA